AUGGCCCCAGGGCCUGCCAGUGGCACUCCCGCCGUUCCCUCCCGAAACGCCCUUCGAGUCCUUCGAAAGCUCGCUCUGGCAGGGUCAACUGUUGGCAGUUUUUGCACAGUUGCCGCUAUCACAUACGAUGUCCACAGACGAGUGAGCGUUGCUGAGCGCAUUGUCGAGAACAAGCGAGCCCUUCAGACAUCUGCGCCACGGUAUGAUGCGACGUCUGCGGCCAGGCGACUUUCACGUAUGAUGGAUGCAGCGGAAGCAGGUGAAUUCCGAGGAUUAGAGGCAUGGAAAGAGGAGGAGAGGAAAUUCAGGAGAUCUCAACGGUCACCAGCGGAUUACGGUACAGAGCAGUCUUUGGUCGAACCUCCCUUUGCCCCUCCGGUAAACAGAUCUGCGAGCCCAUUCGCAGCUGGACCAACGUUUGAUUCUUCAUUAUCGAUUGAGACGACAGAACUUUCUAGGGAACCCGGGCAGGGGCAAAGAAUACGAGAAGGGCCGAUUAGGACCGACUUUCUCCCUCCUUCCCCAGCUUUACCAGUUCAUACACGAGCGAAAUAUGUCAUUCUCCAAGCGAACCAGAGAGCAGAGGAUACGCCUAGCGGGGAUGAUAUAGAAUCGCCUCCUCGGAAGCACGACUCUGUUGAGGCACAAAUCCAGGAUCUUCUCGACCGCCAUCGGUAUAUAGAUGCCGCACAAGUAUUCCUCGAUUCGCAUCCAGCUUCGCACCAAGGGAUAGCAAGAGACAAAAGGGACCUUGCAGUCCAAGCUUUUUAUCUAAAUUGCCGAGAAAACAACGUGUUCAUCGCCCGGAGCGUUUUCGAACGACUAGAACAAGUGGACCACGUAUCAACUGGAAUGUGGAAGAUUUUAAUGGUUGCACUUGCAAAGAACGGCUGUGUGGAAUCUGCCGCAACUCUUUACAUGCGUUUCAGGGGAAAAGUCACUGUUCCACCCGCUUUGGUAGAACUCGUCCUCCGGUGCUUGCUUGAAUCCCAUCGGCUUACAAGCGCGAAAUGGUUCCUGAUGAGGAACUUGGCACUGGACCGGGAAUGUGGACUAUGCGGAUUAUAUCUCAGCAACUUGUGGAAGAAAACCAGGAGUAUUGAGCUCAUCAACGGCCAAUUUACGAAAUUGCUGAUGAUGGUUCGCCGCAUGAACAAGAACCCUACCGAGAAACUUUUCAACCCAGUCAUCAAAGCAUACGUGGAGUUUGGCAGAACAGCCGAUGCUGAAGCUUUACUACAGCAGAUGAUCACCAAUUAUGGAAUUCAACCUAGUUGUCGGACAAAGGGCCUUUUGGUAUUCAGCAAAGCUCUAAGCUGUGAUUGGGUAGCCGUGGACAAUGGCCUUGAAGAAAUGCAUCAACUUGGUAUGACUGCAAAGAAGAACGAUUUCCUUGGAAUCUUUGACCGUAUCUUCCUCGAAUACUGGGUCUCCCACACCGCCCUUGAGAUCCGGGAGUUUCUUUAUCGUUAUAUCGACAAGUUCGACAUCGUUCCAGACAAAGUUCUGUACAAGCAUAUUUUGGAGGCAAUCGUCGAAAAGGGCGACGAAGCUAUGCUCGCCGAGUUCCUAGACAUGGCACGCCAACGGAGAUGGCAGGUCAAUGUCAACGGUGAAGAGUUCCUAGACAUGCUACGCACUCGUCGACUAGAACUUGAAGAGUCGCCCAUGGGAUUCUGGCAGAUGCUACACGCCGCGCGAGCCGACCGUUCGCGGGCUGCUGCUUCACGACAAAUCCUUGGCUUCGAUCAGCGCUCGUUCCCAAUGGAUGCUGUCAAUGCAAUGCCCAAGUCAAAGGAGCCCAUGACAUGGUAUACCCGAACGCUCAAGGAAUUAACACCAUCGAAACCCGUGGAUCAGUAUCAGAAGGUCAACAAGCAGAUGAUGCACUUCAUGCAUGCUGGGAAAAUGGGAGAUGCCCUGAUGUGCUUCCGCAAUGCGAAAAACGCUGGCUUCGAAUUCAAAGUGCAGCACAUUGAGCUGGCCGCAAUUGCAACAAUACUUGAAGACGGCAUAAAUGCGGCCAACGCUCUUAUCAAAGCUCAAUGGGGCACUGAACGUGCUGGACUCCCCAUGUUUUUCCGCCAGCUUGAGGCCAUAGACCCGUCGGCCGAAGUGGAAAUCAUCAAGACAGCGAUCUUCCGCUUCUACAAAAUAUGCUGGUCGUCGACACAGUUUCUGGUGAAGCAUCAUAUCACCGCCUCCACGACUCACCGCCUGAUACUAGCAAACCGACCGGAGGUGGCUCUCGAGGUGCUAGUGGCCGUCUACACAUCACGAUACGGGCGUCGCUUAGGUUUUGAUGGGGUAUGCAUGAAGAUAUUUCUCCGGGCGUUUGCCGCGGUGAAUGAUUUAGCGGGAGUGCGGUGGUGCAUUCUAACCGCCCUAGCCCGAGGCAGCGCCGCGAACCGAGAAUUUAUCGUCGAAGUCCAUCGAGUCCUUGGAGUGCUAAGACGCGAGACCCAAGCCAACAGCUUGUCUCCGGAGCAGACCAAAAGGAGAAAGGACCAGCUGAGAUUCCUUGGAUUUGUGGCCGAUCGUCUGGAGAAGAAGUACAAUGGAAACCCGGAGUUUGCAAUGCUCCAGGGUAAUCCCGCAGCUAAGAAGCAUAUGCGAUUCUCACAACAACGGCCGUUGAACAGGCAGACGAUAUGGAAGCAACAAUCAACACUCGGGACGCUAGUUGAAAGGUGGGACGAGGAGUACGAGCUGGAGAAGGUGCUGGGCCGCAUUGACAACGACGAUAAGGCGGUUCUUGCGCGAUGGAACGAAGAGGCAUGCCUUCGCUUGGAGUAUGCGGACGAUCAACUUGUAUAG